UCUACGUUCACAUCAAUGUACACCCAGCAAGGAAGAAAAGGAAUCAAUCAAGAUGCCAUUACAGUUUGGGAGGGUUUUAGUGGUGAGAAAGAAAUGUUAUUCUGCGGUGUGUUCGAUGGUCAUGGUCCCGCCGGUCACAAAGUUGCACGCCAUGUACGGGACACUUUACCCUCAAAUCUCUCUGCAUCGCUUAAAUUCUCACGAACCAACCGCUGCAGAUGUAGUGUCGAAGUUGAUUUUGUUGAUGAUCAAGGCGAUGAUCAUGAUCAUGAUGAUGACGAUGAUAAUCACAACAUUAGUACUGGCGACACCAUAGAUCGUCUUAGCAAUGCUAACAACAGUCGAAAUCUGUCUUUUCAUUCAUCUAAAAAAAGAAAUCUGUCUUUCCCUUUAUGGGAGGCCAGUUUCGUUGAAUCUUUCAAGGAAACUGAUGAAGUACUUGGUCGAGAUUCCUCCAUUGAUAGCUUUUGCAGUGGUAGCACAGCCGUAGCUGUUGUUGUACAGGGUUGCCACUUGAUAAUUGCCAACUUGGGAGAUUCUCGUGCGAUUCUUUCGACCAGAGGGGACAAUAAUCAACUUCUUCCUAUUCAACUCACAGUUGACAUGAAACCUGAUAUUCCAAGUGAAGCAGAAAGAAUCAGGAGCUGCAGAGGCAGAGUUUUUGCAAUGCAGGAAGAACCUGAUGCUCAUAGAAUAUGGAUGCCUGAUGAAGAUUGCCCUGGUCUUGCUAUGUCAAGGGCUUUUGGAGAUUUCUGCCUCAAAGAUCAUGGCCUCAUCUCAACUCCUGAAGUUUCCUAUAGGAAGCUUACAGACAAUGAUGAAUUUGUCGUUCUAGCAACCGAUGGAGUAUGGGAUGUGUUAACGAACAACGAAGUUAUAAGAAUCGUUGCUUCAGCAAAGAAGCGAUCCAUGGCGGCCAAAUUGUUGGUAACCCGUGCGGUUAGAGCCUGGAGACGUAAAUAUCCAAGUUCCUGUGUUGAUGAUUGUGCGGUCAUAUGCUUGUUCCUCACAAGCCCACCCACUCCGUUGACCAAACCGGUGCCGGAAGUGACGUCGUGUGCCGCCGGAUGCUCACGGCUAGAUAGAUCCAUGUCCUACAGAUGUAAACGGCAAGGCUCAAAGAAAGUGAAAUAAACUCGCCUUUGAAGAUUGCUGGGUCUGCCAUCUUUAUGAGUUGGCGCAAGCCAUCAAAGCACUUUUUAGGAGUACGAAGCUCUUUAGCCUUGUCAGAUUUAUCUUGAACCCCCCUUAGUCGGGGUGUGUUUUGUCCGAGUAAUUAAUUGUACUUAAAUAAUUAAACUUAUCAUUUCUUAUUAAAACAAUAUAUAUUUUUAUCUCAUAA